AUUUUCGAAAUUUAAAACAAAAAAAACAGCUUUUUCUAGCCGUUGAACUUGAAAAAGAUCAUUCACUCUCUCAUUCAGCUCAACCAAAAAGAAAAAACAAAAAUCAUCUCAUUUCACCGCUUUAUCUUCAAGAUCCUGUUCCAAUCUUUGAAUCUUUGCGCAUAAUUCUUCUACCCCAGUUCAGAUUUUUGGCUUUUCGACCCCUGGAGGCUGAAUCCCGAGAAAAAUAUGAAGGGAGUGAAGGGAAAGUUGCUCAAGAAGCUCAAAGCUAUUAAACCGGUUGCUUAUAAUCUGAAGCCGGAUAGAAUUCUUAUGGUCAAUGCCGCAGAUGGGUUGUUUGAAGCAUUUACGAAGAGUCCACCGAAUAAGGAUGUGAAGGAAGCACAGUUUGUGUGUAAAGAGUUUGAGGAAGAGGAAAAGAUUGGAACUUUUGGGGAGCCUGAUGUUAUUGAUGUGGCUGAACUUAUGAAAGACCUUGAAGAAGAAGAUGAAAUGGAAGUUGAAUUGGAUGAUGAUGGUGAUGUUGAUGAUAAGGAGAAUGUUAGGCCGGUAAUGAAGAGAAAAGAUUCAUUUUCUUGCAGGGAGAAUGUUGGGGUUUUGAAGAAAUCAGAGAGUGGUUUGUGUACAGAAACCAGGGCUUUAUGUGAGAUUGAUGUCAAUUCUUUUAGGCGACCAGAUAUGAACUCUGGCAGCCUUUUUGAUCCGAAUUUGCUCGCCGCCUUUGAGGAAGCUGUGAAUGUGCAUAUUAGGAUGAGCCAAGAAGAGAGAAAAGCAAGAAUGGAACAAGAGAAUAUUGAAAAACUGAGAGAAGAAGAAGAAAGAAAGUCAAGGAUUGAGCAAGAUAAUCUUGAACUUGAACAGAUUGAAGAAGAGCCCCCACAUAAAACUCGCCGCUUACACGAAGAAGAAGAAGAAAAGGAGGAUGACAAUCCUUUAUUAGCCUUUGAAGAGAAGUGUCCUCCAGGUGGUGAUGAAUCAGUAAUUCUCUACACAACAACAUUGAGAGGGAUAAGAAAAACCUUUGAGGAUUGCAACAGCAUUCGGUUUCUCCUGGAGAUGUUUCGGAUUACAUACUACGAGAGAGAUGUGUCGAUGCACAUAGAAUUCAGGGAAGAGUUGUGGAGAAUCUUUGAUCACAAAGCAUUACCUCCAAGGCUUUUCAUCAAAGGAAGAUACAUCGGAGGAGCUGCAGAAGUUUUAGUGUUGCAUGAGCAAGGAAAAUUCAGGCCACUCUUUGAAGGAAUUCCCAUUGAUCAAUCCAAUGGCCCCUGUGAAGGGUGUGCAGGAGUGAGAUUUGUGCUUUGUUUCAAGUGCAAUGGCAGCCAUAAGGUUGUUGAUGAUGAAGGAUUGUCAAGUGAAUGCCAAGAGUGUAACGAAAAUGGGUUGAUUAUCUGCCCCAUUUGUUGUUGAGAGAGAAUUUCCUCGUGCAUUUUGUUAAUUUUUUUUGUACCACUUGAAGUUGGAUUCUUAUUUGUAUCUUGGUUUUGGGUUGGGAUUCUUUUAAUUCUUUUGUAUGGUUGAAGCAGAAGAUAUGUAGAGUUGCUUCAGAUAAUUGUUACAGUUUGUGGAUUGGAAAUAAAGCUUUCCAUAUUCACUUUGUAAAAUUCAUAAAUAAAAAAAUAAACUUAUCAUGCU